AGAGAAACCAGGUAGAUUGAAAAGGGAUAGAGUUAAAAUGAUUCGAUUCUGCGUCAUGGAUCUUUCCACGCUCCGUCGAUCUUUGACCACAAGCGGUGUCCCCAAACAAAACCAACCAAACAUCAGCUACCCCAAGAAAAAGUCCAGCAAGAUGAUGCGUCGAUCGGUGUUGCUGUAUACCACGCGAGCUGCUGCUUCAUGGCGUCGACACUCUGUCAUGGCGGCUCUUGGCUCCUCGCCUCAACUUGGAAUAGUCCAGAAGCAACAAUGUUGUGAAUUUGGCAGCAAGGCCCGUCCCACAAAAAUGAAAAACCAAGCACUAAAAGAGCAACAACAAAAGCGAAAAGGAACCACAUCUCACGACAACAAUAACAAGAAGGAAGAAAAGGCUCCCUACUUGGUUCCACCCUCCGAAUCGGCCUUGUCCAAACCACCCUCGUUGAUUCGCACAGAUUUUUCCGUCGAUUCGUCGCACGAAUUGAUUCUUCCGUCGGGGUAUGAAAUUCCCACAACCGACAGUACUACUUCUUCCACACUCAACAGUAAUAAUAGCAGUGUCCCCUACGUUGACUACAAGGAUUUGUACGAUCCGCAAGUGCAUUUGCCAUCGGCACCGCAGGACUGGUCCGACUACGAACCUUCGACGCCGUUGUGGGAAGAAUUGGCGGCGCAAAUUGGAGUAUUGGGGCGACCCAUGACGGUGGCCGAAUUCAUGCAACAUGCCUUGUUGCAUCCACUCUACGGAUACUACUCCAAUCCACAUCGACAUGCGGCCGAAGACGAUGAUGAUGACGAUUUUGAUGUGGAUGACUAUGAUACUACUACAACUAGCAGUAGUGACAAUCCCAUUUUUGGACCCCGCGGAGAUUUUGUCACGGCACCGGAAAUUUGUCAAGUCUUUGGAGAAUCCAUUCAAGUAUGGAUGGUCACACAAUGGGAAACCAUGCACAAACCUCCUGCCGUUCAAUGGGUCGAAUUUGGACCUGGACGCGGGAUUCUCAUGGCCGACAUGGUGCGAUUUAUUGUCACGGAAAGUCAACAAACUGGCAAACUGCAAGAAUAUGCCCAAGCUCUCCAAGUCAUUCAUUUGAUUGAACGCAGUCAUCCCCUACGAGCACAACAACAAGCAACUUUGCAAGAGCAGGUGGGGGAUAGUGUGGAUUGGAAAUUUCAUAAUAGCAACAGCAGCGACACCACAGCAGAAGCAGCUGAUAACGACAAGUCAGUUGAUGACAAAGCAACAACAACCAAACCAACCAUUCACGUCUAUUGGCAUGACUCUUUUACUGCCUUGACCACCAUGAUUAAGAAACAAAAACAACAAGGGAAUCCUGACAAUAAAACAACAACUGACAAUAGUAAUGAACAGCUCGACAUGGCCAACAUGCCAUUGAUGGUCGUCUGUCAAGAACUCUUUGAUGCCUUGCCGGUACAUGCCUUUGAAAUGACAAAAGAUGGAUGGCGAGAACGCAUGGUCGAUGUUGCCAUACAAGAUGAGUUGCUAGAAGAGCAAGAACAAGAAGAGGGACAACAUAAUAAUAGUGUUGUUGUUCCCAAAGAACCACACACAACGAGCCAACAAAAACGACCGCGACUGCGGAUUGUCCUGGCACCCGAAGUGACACCUGCGCUUCAAACGCUGCUGCACGUUGACGACAGACAACAAUACGACAUGGGUCAAGUCGUCGAAGUAUGUCCCGAGGGUAUUCUUCUGGUACAAGACAUUGCGGCGUUACUGGAACAACAGGGUGGGGCUGCCUUGAUUGUCGAUUAUGGGGAACAAGGCAGUACCGACUCUUUGCGCGGCUUUUGGAAACAUCAACAAACGCACUUUUUGAGUUUGCCCGGACAAACCGACGUGACGGCCGAUGUCGACUUUACCGCACUGAAGCAUGCCGUGAAUGAACCGCGGCGGCGAGUGUUUCAGGAUGAGGAUGCAGCAACAACAACAACGAGCGACAACGCCACUAUCAAAGCCUAUGGGCCCAUCCCACAGGGUCAGUUUCUAGUAUCCAUGGGUGCCAAGGACCGUGUGAUUCAAUGCAUAGAACUCGACUCCACGUCGGACGAGGAAGCCGAAAACUUGUUUUAUGCGCUAGAACGACUGGUGUCCCCUGAACAAAUGGGCGUCCGAUACAAGGUCUUGGCCCUCGCCCCGGAACGUCAUAGUCAUGAUGGAUCCUUUACGGUUCCGCCUGCUGGAUUCUAGCGCUGCCUAGCUAACUGUAGUAACAAGACGAUAGAAGAAGGAUAGAACGUGGCGAUAGAACUACGGAAAAAGUCUUUGGCUUUCUAUCAUCUGUAGACGUUCCGUUAUAGAAUAUUAUGCAUAGCCAC